AUGGCAAGCCAGUCCUCCGGCGACGUCGAGAUCCUAGUCCACGUCACCGCGCCCAGUCGCGUCGCCGAUGAUGCCGCCUACCGCCGCCUCGCCAAGGCAUACCUGUCCUUUGCACCGGGCAGCCGCACCCUGGUCACCAUCCCCAGCUCGCCAGAGAUACACCAGCGGCACCAACAACCGCCUCCCUCGCGGCAAUGUCAGCUCGAUGAGGGGGAUGACUUUGGCGAGGCCGUGCUACAGUCGUUCUGCUCCGACUCGCAGGAACUGAGCUUUAAGGAAGCUCUGGAUAACAGGUCCUCGCCGUGUCUCCUCGCGGCACAACCACGCCGUCCCGUCACGCCACGGCCGCCUCCGGAGCAGGUGGUGCUGCCGGAUGACAAUGUCACUACGCCUACGGCGGCUGUAUGCCAGCUGCCUAGCCAGAUUUCGGACUCAUACCCGAUGCCGGACUGCGACAUGUUCAACAUCACUCCCACGCGUGUUCUGCAGCGGUACAUGGGCGGCCGGCAGCCGACACCAACCCCCACAGCACCACCACUACUGUCGUCGCCUACGCUAUCAAGUGUCGGCGAGCCAGACAAUCUCAAGACGGAGGUGCCAGCCACUGUCAUUGGCAUAUCUUCCUCAGACCCUCUCUCCAACCCAAGUGGCACCCAAGGAAACAGGGAGCAGCGCCAGCCCACUAUUCCCGCCACACCUCUCAUAUCAGAGUCCUCGCGAAAGCGCAGGGCAGUCAGAAAUGACGAUAUACAUGACACCUCUGCACUGGAUGUCACACACAUAUCCAGCAGCAUUUCCGGUAGCAGCGCCUCCCCAGUUGCCGCCCUUCCCCGGGCCGAGACCGAUCCGCUCCCAUCCAAACGUCCCCGACAAGUCGCCCAGGACAGCGGCGCCGGCACCGUACAUCCCCUCCGCAGCGCCAGCGACAACACCAACCAGCCACACCGUCACCGGCGCGCGCGGUUCUCCUCCUCACCACUCCCCCACGACGUCCUUUCACAGAUCCCCUCCACGCAUCUAUCGCCCCGCUCCUCCUCGUUCUCGUCCUCCCUCUCCGCGCGCCCGGCCUCGCCACCCGUCAGCGUCGACCGCCUGGACCUCUCGAGCCUCGUCUCCGCCAAGCUCGGCAAGCUCGCGCACGACCUCGGCUCGCGCUACCGCCCGACCCUCCGGCGUGCCGCCGGGCCCCUCGCACCGCUCGAGCGCGGCCACUGGAGCGUCGACUGCCGCACCUGGCCGCCCGCCCAGCGCGCCGAUGCCUGGGCCUUCCUCGCCGGCUACGUCCGCAGCGGCCUCGCCGGCUGGGGCGUCUGGUGCCGCCGUUCCGCCGACGGUCGCCAUAUCAAGCUCUAUGGCUGGGCGCACGUCGCGAAGCACACGUACCUCCUGCUCUACCUGGCUAGUGGCCGGCACAUCAAGACGACGGGCGCCCAGUGGAUCGAUGCCGACGGCGCGGUGGCCAUGGAGGUCUUACCAUAG